UCAUUUGGUAUUUCAGAACAGACCCCCUGGCAGUGGGUGUCGUUGGACGGUUGGUUUAAUGUUGCGUUUGUUGCGUGAAUGAUGGUUAAGCCAAUCUGCAUUUGCCUCAGCAAUAGAGCAGGUGCGGUGGUGUGAAUAUCACAGAGUUCAGUGGAGCAGUGAACCGGAAAUAAGCAGGCAUGCAACAACAAACCGUUGUACUGCGUAGAAGGUACAGAUCGAAGGUGGCCGUUGGCAGUGCGGGAUCCUAUAAUUUGCUACUCUUGUGACGAUGUAAACUGCGGAAGGAAGACCAACUUGAAACUGAUUGCCUCCCAGCUCGUGUCUAUUCCUUCUGUAACUAUAAAAACAAACUUAUCGAUGGGGUUUAACGAGCUGCAGUGUUUCCCGUGCGCUUGUACACAUACGGAAUUUUGUCCGGUAAUCGAUUGGGAAGUGUUUGUGAAUAUUGCCGCUAGAUGGACGACUUGACAUCAUGGUUACAGCAGUGAAUUGUGUGACUGCACGCGGAACACAACAAUAUGGCUUCUACCACAUCAUUCGCGGCUGUUAUAAUAGGUCUUCUGACAACGUAUUGCUAUCGAGUCCCAUCCGUCCUCGCCAUUCCUGACAGGAAAGAUAUUUAUGUGGAGGACGAGUGGCCUCUGAGACGCUCCUACCGUGUUGAGGACUUCCUGUGGUCAGGAUCUGGAGAUGGUCAACAGGACAGAAGCUCUGGAAAUGGAGAAGAUCCAGGAGGGGGUCGUUCUACUUGGCGAACCACGACCAUUGUCCAUACUACUACUAUCCUUACAACAGUGUACCCAACCCCCAUUUACACAACAACACUUGUACAAGAAUACCCCCCUCAGACUCCAUCACCAUGUUCUGCAGGGAAGUGUACCCCAGAGGUUAGUCCACCUUGGUCACAAGAAUCCCACAGCAUGCCAUCCGGUUCAAUUCAGCCCACACCAACAAUCAUUCUGCCAUCCACAACAGUGUGGCCCACGUUCAUACCAACUGGAGCAGACAGAAAUGUCAGCAUUAUCACCCCAGACCAACGUUUCUGGCUGUUAACUGUGCUCAGAGUGAAUGCUUCUCUUCCAGCGCCUUCUACUGCCAUGCUGGAAACCAGACUGGCCCAGCUGUACAAGGUUGCAUUCAGGAGGCAGCAGGAACAUCACUUCGGGAUUAACGGUGUUACAGCUCCAGCAGAGUUGAAGUCACGUCAGGCACGAGAUCACCGGGCUCCUGAUCACGUUGCUGUGCAUGUGCACAACAAGACAUCCAAACCUGCAGAUGAGCUUGCAUUACUGUAUACAGUGCACGUUGCAGGACAACCUGUGCUAGCUCUUGCCGCUGCCGAAGACAUGAAGCUCGUGUCCAGUGAAGAGGUUACUGCUGAACUUGGCUAUCCCGUCAUCACCAAGGCAGAGCCUUACCUGAAGGGUCCAUUGCCGUUGGACAGAGGCUGGAGGCAAGGUCGUGCCAGGGACACGUGGCUGCUGGUUGGGGCAGGCCUUGCAGCCGUCUCUCUAUUGCUGCUUCUCAUAGCCCUGUUUGGCCUCAGUCUGAGUAAAAGGAAACGCAACAAGAGGCGUGUCCUGGCGGGCCAUAUUCAGCAGAAGGGCGGGACAGCUAACCUUGGAUAUGAGGAUGAAGUUGAUAUAGAGGAUCAAGGUAAGACAGGAACUUCCGGUUUCUUGCCUGUACCUUCAUCAACUGCUGUCACUUUCAGAGAUGACAUUAUAGCAAGUCAGAAGCGCAAGGGUUCAAGUACAAGUAACAGCAGUGAAGAGUCCUCAGGAACAUCGCUAGUGAGACGAAGACCAGGAAACGGGAAAAAAAGUACAAAAAUCCAUGAGCCCAGCAAAAGGCAAGGUGGAAGUAGCACAGAGCAGGAAGUGGGCACAGACCUAGAGAAUUCUCAGCCACGGAUGUCAACUAGGUCAACAAAGGCAAUGCAUCCUUCACAUGCACCUACGCUGAGUAAGGAGCAUGAUGUAAGACAUCGGGAGCCAGAGGAUGUGGACAGUAAUGAUGAACUGCAUCCCAGGAACUCGCCUCCAGUCAGACCCAAGGCUGGGACAGCCAUCAGUCCAAACUCAUUCCUCUCAAUGCCUUCAAUCAAAGCAUUUCCAAGAGGUGCCAACAUACCAGAACCUCUGGCAAGAGUUCUGGAACCUGUGAGUGUGAGACAUCUCGACUCUGAGGGAGGUGGCAUAAUUGUGGAGCCGGUGCGACGGCUUGCAAGACAUGGCAGCAUGGAAGGAGAAGAUCCUGGAGUGAUUGGGCCCCUGGUGUGGGAUGUACAUUGUCACAGGGUCCAUCAUCAAGGUAUUUUGGGUGAGAGUGUAGACAAUCUGGUUGCGGAAGCAACGCAGGAUGAUAUGUCUCGACCAGACACUUCAGGCAGCAGUGUUGGGCGUAUGAGGCGACGCUUCCACGAAUUAUUGGAUGAUGCAUUCAGCUUGUUUGGAAGUCGAAGUGAGAGUCCUGGGGCAGAAGAAGAUAGCUGUAGUCCCCCAACUCUGCACAGAGUCCAUUCUGCAAUUGUCAGACCAGUAGGUGAGCCUUUGUUGGGUCCUUCGGAAUCUGUUCCUCGGCCACGAACAUCAGACCCACGACGUCCAGCCACUGCAUCGGCAGGCGUAGCGAGACCCCGCGGUGCCUGGGGAACCUGCAAUCCUUCUCCACAUUCAGGAAUAUCUGGAACGCUGCCCAGACCGCUCAGUGCUGGCCCAUUUCAUCGCCCACAACUGCCUGGUCCUCUUGAAAUAACUAUUGACAGAACACUCGUACUUUCUGACGGCCAGCUUCCCCCAACAGAUCCAGCAAUACCACUUAUAGCGGCUAUAAAGGAAGAGCUUAGAAAGUUUCAAGGAACAAAUAUACAUCCUGCAAUCUCUUUGCCAGGGAGCACAUCUCAGAAGCCUUAGGUUUAUUGCAGUUCUAGGAGAGCUUCGAGCAGUAACUGCCUUCUGAUCUGGGAUCUUAACAAGUGUAAGCUUUUCAUUAUCAUAAAAUGGUUUUAAUAAAACCU